UCGGUGAUUGACAGUUGGUAGACAACUGCGGCGUGCGCAGGGUCGGUCCUGGAUCGUCCCGGACGGUCGUCGGUUCGUUCGCGCUACGCCAUCUUCACCUCGCAGGGCAACGAUCGCCAGGGAUCGGCUAGGACCCGUACCAAAACCCUGUGUCGCGUCGCGAGCGUCGCGAGCGCCGCGUUCUGGCAACGCCCGGGCGUUGCGGCAGUCUGACGGCAGUCUGACAGUGCCACAAAGUGCCGUCGCGACCUCCACUGGAAUACACCGCAACGGAAGCAACCUCCGCCCCGACCAAAUAUUUAGUGCUGUGACUAGUGUAGUAGUUGUGUGAUGGUGAUGACAGUGCAGUGAUUUCAAGAGCGUUGUCACCGAGAAGUGAUUUCAAGUGCAACAUAGUGCGUCUGUCGGCCGGGAAUCUGUGUGCAAUCGACAACGAAAUAGUGCAAAAAUCAAAGUGAAUCAGUGAUUACGCGCCAUGUCAGGCCUACUCAGUGAGGUGUCAGUGCAGCGCAAGUGAUAGUGCAUCGCCUGGCUUCGCCCCACGCGGGCACAGCCACUCCCUUCCUCGACACAGUGCUCCUCACCCGAGGGCACAGGAUUCCUCCAGAAGCGGCCUUCGGGCUUAAGCCUUUGAAAAUCUCUUGCGGCGCGGUGUCCCAGCACGCGGAGUUUUCCGCGGCUGGAUCUAAAAAUCACAUGGCACAGCCCAGGUACGAUGAGGGCCUCCACGGAUACAUGGACGCCGGGGGGUCCCUGUACGACAGCCAUCGGGCGCUGCAGGGCAUGCCCCACGCGCACCACUCGCCGCACGUGGGCAACCACGCCCCCGCCAUGCACCCCUACAACCACGUGUCGGCGCCCCAGAACCACGUCAUGGCGGGCGGAGUACCCGACGUCCACAAGCGGGACAAGGACUCCAUCUACGGCCACCCCCUCUUCCCCCUGCUGGCCCUUAUCUUCGAAAAGUGCGAGCUGGCGACCUGUACACCAAGAGAGCCCGGAGUCACGGGCGGCGACGUCUGCUCGUCAGAAUCCUUCAAUGAAGAUAUUGCAAUUUUCUCAAAACAGAUUCGGCAAGAAAAGCCAUACUAUAUUGCAGACCCCGAAGUCGAUUCACUUAUGGUGCAGGCGAUACAGGUCCUACGGUUUCACCUAUUAGAACUCGAAAAGGUCCACGAGCUUUGCGACAAUUUCUGCCAUCGGUACAUAAGCUGUCUGAAGGGCAAGAUGCCCAUCGACCUCGUCAUCGACGAGCGGGACUCGUCGAAACCCCUGCCCGAGAUGGGCAGCUCCACCAACGGCACGGACACGGCCCGCUCCAACGCGGACUCCACCUCACACACCGACGGCGCCAGCACGCCGGACGUGAGACCACCCUCAUCGUCGCUGUCGUACACGGGGCACCCCAACGACGACGUCAGGUCCCCUGGGUCAGUCGGGGGCACGCCGGGACCCCUCAGUCAGCCCCCGGGCUCCCAACAGUCUCUCGACCACGGCGACCCCGAUGCACUAGGUGGUAAAUGGUGCCCGCGGCGAGAGUGGUCGUCCCCUGUAGACGCGAGAGCGGCGGCCACGGAAGCAGCGCGGCGGGGGGUCCUCUACUCAUCAGUGUUCCUGGGGUCACCGGGCGGCGAGUACAACUCCUGUGAUGCGAGCAACGCGAGUAUCGGCAGCGGGGAAGGCACCGGCGAGGAGGACGAGGACAGUGGCGGCAAGAAGAGCCAAAAGAAGCGAGGCAUUUUCCCUAAAGUAGCGACAAAUAUUCUACGGGCGUGGCUAUUUCAACAUCUAACGCAUCCGUACCCUUCAGAAGACCAGAAGAAGCAGCUGGCGCAGGACACCGGGUUAACUAUUCUACAAGUCAAUAAUUGGUUUAUUAACGCAAGGCGGCGUAUUGUCCAACCCAUGAUCGACCAGUCGAAUCGGGCCGUCUUCUCUCCGCACGCAGGUCCGAGCGGCGCCUACAGCCCCGACGGCUCCAUGGGCUACAUGAUGGACGGCCAUGCGGGCAUGAUGCACCGGCCACCCGGCGACCCCGCCUUCCACUCGGAGUACCAGUACCCACCUCAGUACUACGGCCACCACCUCUAGUUAGAGGCGCCCUAAAGAGUCGAUAGGCGGCCGUGACGCCGACGCCGCAAAAUGGCGGCCCGGCUUGGCUGGCUUGGCUGGCUUGGCGCGCUGAGCGCAGACUGAGCUCUGAGCUGCGCGGGGAGGCGGGGCGGCGAG